UCAUUCGUAAUCCAGAACCGGUAGUACUUCAAUUAUAUGCGCAGGUCUUGUCACUUAGACUAAAGCGAUCAAGAGAGGUCUCGUAGGAGGUUAGGUGGACAAAUGCUGGUUUAAUUCUAAGAGGAUGGAAAAGUUCAAAGUGCUCGGGAAACUCAAGAAGAAAGAGUUGGCAUUCGGUGUUAAUAACGUGAAGGGUCUGAACGACAGAGAAGAGAGGCUGCUUAAGGGUACAAUUGGCUUGAUAGAGAGACAGAAGAAAAAGACGCUCUUUAAAAUUCAGACCGAGGUCAAAGUGAUCCAAUGUGACUUAAAGGAGACUAAUGCAGUGCUGAAUUUGUCGGAUCACACGACUUUUAGGGAUAAUGAUCAUUAUAUAAGUCCAAAAACUAGGAUUACUGAUACUCCGAGCGUGUGGUCAAGUCAGGGAGAGUUGGGAAUGUGCGAAAUUAAAGAAGAGAGGAACAGAGGGCCCGCAGCGAAGAAACUAAACUGCUGGCUGGACUCCUCUUCACAGAAGGCGCGAGAUAACGAAUGCACUCUCGAGCAGAAUCCCACUCCAACGAGCUGUUCACCACAGGGAAGCCGGUCGCCCCAGUUUUUCAGGCCGCGCAACAUCUCAACAGGAAGCAUGCCGGGAUCGCCGCCACGUAACAGCGGCCACAUUCUCCGAAAACAAGCAUCGCAUCCCGAACUCUUCAGAGAAAUUUCGAGUCCAUCACAGACUCGCCGGGACGUUUUUGUUAUGUCCUCAGAUAACGAAUGCUAUCUCGAGCAGCAUCCAACUCCAAAGAGCUGUUCACCACAGGAAAACCGGUCGCCCCAGUUUUUCAGGACGCGCAACAUCUCAACAGGAAGCAUGCCGGGAUCGCCACGUAACAGCGGCCACAUUCUCCGAAAACAAGCAUCGCAUCCUGAACUCUUCAGAGAAAUUUCGAGUCCAUCACAGACUAGUCGACAGGGACUCGAGCAGCUCACGAACACUCCACGACUGUUACGUCGACAGCGCGAUUCCUCCGAAGGGCGACUUGUGAACUCAAACGAGUCUAGCCCGAUGGUGCCACGAAAGAUUCCGCUAAGCCGAGUUCGGAGUCACCCUAUUAUAAAUGCCGAAAUAUCGAGCCCGAGUACAUGCCGAAAGAAUGUUAGAUUCAGCCAGUCACCUUUAUUGCGCAAAAUUUCAUGCCCGAUAUUAGAUGAAAAACCUUCCAAGGACAGGAACUAUGUCACACUAGGGUCAUACACCGGGAGCAGGACAUUAUCCCGCAUGACGAUUGAGCUCCCUGAUGUAAAUGAACCUUGUGGCUCCCAGGGCCAUGCGGAUAAGGUCCCUUUGCGCGUUAGUCCCAGUAACAGUAGCUGGUGUCUGUCUGAUAAGGCCUUACAAGAUAAGGUCAACCAUUUCCUGGACAGUAUUCAGAUAGCAGACGAUAUUGAAACAUGAGCACCAGUCAAAACAAUUCCUAGACAGUAUUCAGAUCUAGCAGAAGAUAUUAACACAUGAGCACCAGUCAAAACAAUUCCUAGACAGUAUUCAGAUCUAGCAGAAGAUAUCAACACAGGAGCACCAGUCAAAACAAUUCCUAGACAGUAUUCAGAUCUAGCAGAAGAUAUCAACACAGGAGCACCAGUCAAAACAAUUCCUAGACAGUAUUCAGAUCUAGCAGAAGAUAUCAAUUCCUAGACAGUAUUCAGAUCUAGCAGAAGAUAUCAACACAGGAGCACCAGUCAAAACAAUUCCUAGACAGUAUUCAGAUCUAGCAGAAGAUAUCAAUUCCUAGACAGUAUUCAGAUCUAGCAGAAGAUAUCAACACAGGAGCACCAGUCAAAACAAUUCCUAGACAGUAUUCAGAUCUAGCAGAAGAUAUCAACACACGAGCACCAGUCAAAACAAUUCCUAGACAGUAUUCAGAUAGCAGAAGAUAUCAACACCGAAACAUCAAACAAAAUAAUUCCUAGAAAGUCUUUCGAAAGUAAACGACACAAGAACACCAGACAAACUACUCAGGCGUUAGUCUCUUCAGGAAUCUUUUAUAGUACUCCGGGUUCCUGCGUGGGUGGUUUGACUUGGAUGUUUCUGUGUGUCUGGGUUGGUUAUUUGUAACAUCUACGCUAUAGUCUAAAAUAUCCGGUCACCGUGAAUUUAAAAAUAUCCCGAAGUGGUUCUGGUUGAUCAAAACACGAUAAUUAAGUGUUACCAGCUAUGUGUUUUUCAACUACUCCUCAACUACCGACUACUCCUCAACCAUCUUCUCCUCAAUCAUGACUUCUCUAUCAUCACUUCAAUAAAGCAGUGCCAUCCAGUGA